UACCACUACUAGUAAAUGGUAGUAGAAAGAAAGAGAAGGGAAGGCAGAGCUAAGCGCCACAUAAUAAUAAUCUCUUCGUAUUAUCUAAUAUCCAUGGCGACACAGCCUUUACACUCUCUCCAUCCACUCUCUUCUUCUUCUUCUUCUUCAAAGACUACCGCUAAAGCCACAGCCACUCAUUAUUGUUAUUAUCACUAUUCUCUUCCAGCAAAACCACAAAGCCCAGCACCAGCUGAAGUGUCUCGCAGCUGUUGUAGUUGUAGACUGCCCAAACCCAAACUCAAAGGCAUUGUACCAACAACAAGCCUCUUCGACCUCCCGGUUUUGCUCUUCACCGGCUUUGCUUCUGAUAGCCUCUUGGAGUUGGAAUUGGAUACCCAAACUUUACUUGCCACUCUCAGUGUCUUAGCCGCCAUUUCUCUCUCACUUUUUCUUGGUCUCAAGGGAGAUCCUGUGCCGUGUGAGCGAUGCGCUGGCAAUGGUGGCACAAAAUGUGUGUUCUGUAACAACGGUAAGAUGAAGAAAGAGACAGGUUUGGUUGAUUGUAAGGUGUGCAAAGGCGCAGGAUUAAUCUUCUGCAAGAAAUGUGGAGGUUCUGGAUAUUCUAGACGGCUGUGAGUGUGGUCUGAGAUUUUUUUUAUUUGCUCUUCUCAAUCCCUAUGUUUUCAAUCUGUAAGAUUUUGCCCCUAGCUUCUUCUUCUUCUUCCUUUCUCCCCCCCCGGUCUAGUACCUUGCUAAUUUUCUUUUUCUUUUCCUAAAUAUAUCCUCACCCCACUCUUUUCUGAUGUCUACUGUCCUUGUUCUUAAUUUACUGGAAAUUGGUGACAAAGUGAAGGAAUGAAAAAAUCGUAAAUUCUGUUGUA